UUGCUGCGAUGGCGGGCAAGGAGAUCUUCGGCGACGAUGGCGCGGGCCUCGAGCUCACGGUGAACUCCAAGUUCGCGGACCAGUACAUCGAGCGCAAGCGCAAGGAAGAGCUCUCGAAGCACCGCUACGACGACGACGACGAGUCCUCGGACUCGGAGACCGAGGACGAGGACGGCGACCAGCUCACGACCGAGCUCGACAAGGACAUCUCGCGGACGCUCAAGCUCAUCCGGUCCAAGGACCCGUCCAUCUACGACAGCAAGAUCAGCUUCUUCGAGCAGGGCUCGGACGACGAGGAUGAGGACGAGGAAGAUGGCGAGGCCAAGAAGGCCAAGAAGACCAAGAAGACCAAGCCGCUCUACUACAAGGACCUCGUGCGCCAGCAGGUGCUUGCUGGCGACCUCAACAGCGAUGAGAGCGACGAUGAGCCGCCAGUCACGACGUACGCGGACGAGCAGAAGAAGCUCAAGGGCGACUUCCUCCAGUCGGUCGCCGCCGAAGCCGACGACGAAGAGGAGCUCGAUGGCGGCCUCUUCACCGUGCGCCAAAAGACGGCGGACGACGAGGAGCGCGAGGCUGCCGACUUCAAGGCGUUCCAGGAGGAGAACCCGGACGCGGUCGACGAGCUGGACGCGGAUGCGUUCUUGGCCAAGUUUAUGAAGUCGGGCGCGUGGAAGGAGAAGCGCAAGACCCCGAGCUACGCUGAGAUUGUGGGCACGGACAAGGUCGACGACGAAGAAGACGCCGACGAGCUGGAUAAGGCUGACGCCUUUGAGCACUCGUACAACUUCCGUUUCGAAGAAGAAGGCGCCGGUCAAAUCCAGACCUUCUCGCGUGUCGUGGAAGACUCGAUGCGUCGCAAGGACGACAAGCGUAAGAAGGAUCGUGAGGAGCGGAAGGCACGCAAGGCGAUCGAGCGCCAGAAAAAGGAAGACGAGCUUCGCCGGCUUAAGAACCUUCGCCAGGCCGAGAUCCAGUCCAAGAUCGACAAGGUUAUGGCCCUCAUGGGGCCCACCAAGUCGGCGCUUACGGUCACUGACGUGGACGGCGCGUUCGACCCCGAGGAGCACGACCGCCGCAUGGCGCAGGUGUUCAACGACGACUACUACGGCGAAGAAGCCGUCGAUGAGAACGGCAAGCCCGUGUGGGAAGACGACGAUGACGUCUUUGGGAAGCUCCCGGAAGAGGAUGAAGAAGACGACGACGAAGACGAUGAUGCCAAGGCCACUGCACCGGUGACCGAGGACGACGAUGAGGCGAACGACGACGAGCCGAUGGACGAUGCUGCCGAUGAGGUCGACGAGGAGAUGCCGGAGAACCUCACGGUUGAAGAGAUCAAGGCCAUGAAGCAAAAGUACCUCGACGAGCUCUACGCGUUGGACUAUGAGGACAUCAUUGGCGACAUGCCGUGUCGCUUCAAGUACAAGACGGUCGAGAAGAACGACUAUGGUCUGACGACCAUGGACAUCCUCGACGCGGACGACAAGGAUCUCAAGUCGGUUGUCUCGCUCAAGCGUCUCGCUCCGUACGUGGACCGCGAGUACUCUGUGAACCGACGCAAGGUCCAGCAGCUCCGCAAGCAGCUGCGCUCCAAGCGGUCGGCCAAGAAGCCGGUCGACGAGGUCGAAGAAGCGGCGCCGGCAGCAACCGAAGAGGUGGCCGCUGAAUCGACCGAGGGCAAGAAGUCCAAGAGCCGGAAGCGCAAGCGCAAGUCCAAGACGGUGGAAGAGACCGAGGAGCCAUCUGCUGUCGUUGACGAGGAAGUGGCGGUGCCGACAGAAGACGCUUCGGCCGAGUCGUCCAAGAAGAAGCGCAAGCAGAAGAAGAAGAAGACGGAGAAGACGCCGGACACGGGUCUCUCGGCGUCGCGGCUCGAGUCGUACCGGUUGAAGCCGCUCAAGUGAUAACAUAAACAGGCUGCCUUUCUUUUUU